GUGGGUUCUCAGUUGUUGAGACAGAGAACUGGGCCUCCCUCUGAGCCUCAAAUGAGACUGAGAAAGAAAAAAAGCAGUUAUAUGGUGUCCAUAUUCUUGGUGUCUAAUGCUGUCUACGGCCUCAAAUUUCUCAGGGCAAAACAAAACGCUUUGCCGUCUAUACCAUUGGUAAUUAGAUGUGAAUCGAAAAUUACGAACUUCAACUUCCCUCCCGUCUUAUUGUGUUAUGGCUACUCUUGGUCAAAUAUACUGCAGACGCAGAAGGGAAAAUAAUAGGUUCUUGUGCUGAACAAAAGAGAGGCCCACAAUAAGAAGUGAGUGAUAUAGGGGAACUCCAUCACAUGCAAGUUUCUGCUGUUUUGAGUUUGUACAGUUGCAUUCAUCUUCUGGUAGUCGUUCGUCAGAGACCCAUAUAAUUGCCAUCAAUCAGCAUAAUUUGGAGCAAAAGAAUCCACAGGAAGCCAAAAGUGGAUCUUGUGAUAAAAAAACAGGCGAUGCACAUAAUGGAGAGUAAUGCUUAAUAAUCUCUGCCAAUAUUCAAGUAUAGGAAUCAAGCAUUAGAAAUUUGUAGUGGUGAAAGACGUUGUAAACAGUUCAAAACUUCCUAGCUCCCAAAGCGAGAUCCUCGUCCACCACAACAACGCAAGUGCACCCGUCAAGCUUCAGCCUCAGAGACUCAUCCGCGAAUGGAAGAAGCAGCAUCAAAAUCUGCGGAACUACCUCAACAAAUCAUGAUUUCCAGUGGUCUCACCAUCAAGAUAGCACCUAGUUGCAUAAGAGCAGGCGUAGAGACUGGUGUUCCCGGUAGUUCUAAUUCAGAUUUGCCAUCUCCAAACAUAAAGAACUCAAUGGAAUCAUCCCCAUACAACUCUCCCUCCCUUGUGUCGCCACCUUCAUCAGCAUUUGUUUCAGCCCUGCAGUCACCAUACAUAUCCCCAAGGGCCAUGACCCCAAAACCACAAGAAAACCCAACUCCCGUUACCCUUCCAUCACCGCCGGUCUCAUACCGGGGCUCUCUGUCUGACGACAUUCCAAGCAGCUCGUACACUCCCCCAUCCGACCAAUAUGAGUAUUCGGAUGACCCAGCUGAUGCAAAGCUCAAAUUUGUGACCUGUGACCCGGCUCCCCCUCGCCUCUCCUUCUCAUUUCCAGUCCCUCGAAUCUCCUUCGCCAAAGGACCCGUCUCUCCUGCUUCCAGUGCCAAACUCAGGAGCUGUGAUGUUUACAUUGGCUUCCAUGGCCAAAACCCCAACCUGGUGCGCUUCUCUAAGUGGCUUAAGUCGGAGCUUGAGCUUCAGGGAAUUGCUUGUUUUGUUGCGGACAGAGCGAAGUACUCUGAUAGUCAGAGCCACGAGAUUGCUGACCGGGUUAUCUGCUCCGUCACAUAUGGGGUUGUGGUUGCGACUAAUUCCAGUUUUCUGAACCAUCUCAGCUUAGAGGAGAUAAGAUUCUUUGCUCAGAAGAAGAACCUGAUACCACUCUUCUUCCACACGGGACCGGCUCAGAUCAUGGGCCUUCUCAACUGUAAUUCCAUUGAUAAAGAAUGUAAAGAGGCAAUAGAUGGACUUAUCAAGUGCAAUGAAUUCAAGCUGGAAGCCAAUGAGGGUAACUGGAGAAGCUGUGUAACCAAAACUGCUGGUAUUUUACGAACAAAGCUUGGUCGAAAUAGUGUGGCCGAGAAAGAUGGGGUAGUAGAAGGAUUUGAGGAGAUACCCUUCCCGAGAAACAGAUUUUUUGUUGGAAGAGAAAAGGAAAUUUCGGAGGUUGAAAUUCUCUUAUUUGGAUGUGGGGAUUGUCAAGAGCAAGUUUGUUCUGCGCAUGCCAUCAAGGGAGAAGCCACUGGGCAAUCCGAAGGCCUGGCAGAUGAGGAAAGCGACGUCGUUAUGACUAGAGGAGCGGGGAGAUACAUCAGUUUGGAGAUGGGUAAGAGUAAAGAACCAAUUUUGGAGGCUUGGGUAGAGCCAGUUUUAGGAAGGAAUUCAUUCAAGAGGUGCAAGUACAAGAAACCCAAGAGUUUGGGCAGCAGUGUGAUUUGCAUAAAUGGGGUUCCUGGCAUUGGUAAAACGGACCUUGCACUGGAAUUUGCUCACAGGUUUUCACAGAGGUAUAAGAAGGUUUUGUGGGUUGGUGGGGAAGCUCGAUACUUAAGGCAAAACAUAUUGAAUCUCUCUCUCAAUUUGGGAUUGGAUGUAACCGCUGAUGCUGAAAAGGAAAGGGGGCGCAUUCGGAGCUUUGAGGAACAAGAAUUUGAGGCUUUCAAGAGAAUCAAGAGGGAGCUAUUCCGGGACAUGCCUCACUUACUGAUUAUUGAUAAUCUUGAGACGGAGAAAGACUGGUGGGAAGGAAAGGAUUUGCAUGAUUUGAUCCCAAGGAACACUGGAGGGUCUCAUGUGAUUAUUACAACUAGGCUAUCCAAGGUGAUGAAUUUUGAUACAGUGCAGCUUCCUCCGUUACCAUUGUCUGACGCAAUGGUUUUGAUAAGAGGAAGAAGGAAGAAAGACUACACAGCUGGUGAGUUAGAAUUUUUGGGGAAAUUUGAUGAGAAGCUGGGAAGGCUGAGCUAUGGUUUGUGGUUGAUUGGAUCACUACUGUCUGAGCUUGCAAUUGGCCCUGCUUCUCUCUUUGAAGCUAUAAACCAGGUGCCACUCAAUGAAGGUUCUCUUAUGAGCAACACUGAAGAACAGUAUUGGAAGAACAAUCCUUUCCUCAUGAAAGUGCUACAAUUUUGCUUCUCAGUAUUACAGCAAACUAAUGGCAGAAGGAACCUUCUUGCCUCGAGAAUGCUUCUAGUUGGUGGUUGGUUCGCCCCCACACCCAUUUCGGCGAGUUUGCUAGCCGCUGCAGCAAAGAACAUGCCUGCCAUGGGAAAUCGUUUCAAGAAGUGGACCAAAUGCCUGUCUCUCACAUUUGGGUGCUGCGCUAGUUGUUUAGCACCUCAAACUUGCAAGAGCGAGGAAGACUCGGCCCUAAUUCUGGUUCAAUUGGGGCUAGCACGAAGAACCAACAAACAGACAGGAUGUUGGAUCCAGUUGCAUCCCAUAACGCAGGUAUUUGCAAGAACAAAAGAAGGUUUGCAAGCUGCCAAAGCCACAGUUCAAGGUGUGAGGAAAACAGGAAAUCCAUUGGCCAACUCAGACCAUCUAUGGGCUUCCGCUUUCCUGGUUUUUGGAUUCAAAUCCGAACCCCCACUCGUCCAAUUAAAGGCAAUCGAGAUGGUUUUAUACAUCAAAAGAACAGCUCUCCCUCUUGCAAUUCAAGCCUUCAAAACCUUCUCAAGGUGCAACUCGGCAUUGGAGCUAUUAAAGGUGUGCACAAAUGUACUUGAAGAAGUAGAGAAAUCGUUUGUCUCUCAGAUACAAGAUUGGUGUCAUGGGUCACUUUGUUGGAAGAAAAAAUUUCAAGGUAAUCAAAGGGUAGAUGAGUAUGUGUGGCAGGAUGUGACAUUGUUGAAAGCUACGUUACUCGAGACUAGAGCAAAGUUGCUGUUGAGAGGUGGGCAUUUUGACAGUGGAGAAGACCUCUGCAGAACUUGUAUUAGUAUCAGAACGGUGAUGCUCGGACAUAACCAUGCCCAAACCUUGGCUGCUCAAGAGACAUUGGCCAAGCUAGUGAGGAUGAGGAGCAAGAUAUGAAUUAUGAAGUUGCCUAACAUCAAAACAAUGCAUCCCGUGUUUUGGAGAACUCAUGUGUCAGUUAUAAUUAGCAUACUUGCUCAUAAAUUUCUCUCAGGAUACUAGCACUUCACGUUCAAAUGAAACUUCCUAUUAAAGUA